AUGGUGAAGCCCACGCCAAUUGUGGUCGGCACGCCGACUCGAAAGAGUCGUGCAACAGAAGAUGAGGUUGGAGAACGGACGCCGGAGCUCCUUCGUUCAGGCUUUCAGAGAUUCAUAAGCACGGCACCUUUCUUCCCAGCUGGUCCACGCAUUAUGCAAGGAGGGCAGGGCGGUAUCAUUUUCGGAGGUGACGGUUCAUCAGAUUCCGGUCUUGAGGACCCUUUCGGGCCAGUAGCCACCAGCAGUGAAAAUGGCGGAGCUGUCACCAAUGUUGAGGCUGUCGCUGCAGAGAGGCCUGCCAAAAGGCGUAGAAAAGCUACCGCCCAGCCCUUGAUGCAGCUGCGGCGCUAUUCCACAAGAACGCAGUCAAAGCCUGCAACUUCGAUGAACCGAGUCUGGCAUCUGCUGCCAGCCGAACUCAGAGAGCGAAUCUGGGAGAUGGCGCUGGAAGACCCGAUGGAAAUGCGGCGGAUCGUUUAUAUCCGCAACCGCAACACCCCGGGCUUUCCAAACUAUCGCAGGAGCUCUAUUUCCGUCAACUUUACAGUACCGGCUGGUUCAAGCAUUUCGUUGGUAUGCUCCGAAUCUCGCGCAGUUUUCAUGCGCAAGUUCUUUGAGGUUUACCAACAAGAUUACCGGAUGAUGUUUCCGCGUUUCAAUACGUUCGUGGGAAGCGUUCUCAGGUCCAGUAUCGACGACACUCUGUCCCGAGAGUCGGACACAGCUGUGCCCACAAAGAUAGCCCCAGCCCAUCUGACUGAUGCUCAAUUCUGGGCCCAUCGCUACACUUCUUCAGAGAUGCCUGUUCCACUUGCUCCGAGAACCGAGACCAUUCCCCCAGUCAAGGCUAAAAUCACCUGUCCGCUUGAUUCUGUAAUCAACCACCUUGACACUAGUGAGCGGCAGCCGGUGAAUCCAGAGGUCGACAUAAUCUACAUCGAGCCUUGUUGCGAUGGGUGCCGCGGCCAGCACUGCAUUAGUCGACAGUUCCUGUCCGUGGACCGCAACGCCGUGCGCUUUCUGAUUGUCAAAGACGAACCGCUUUGGCCCCCCACUCGUGGCGGCAUUCCUCCAUGCUGGGAGACGCUCACAAAAGUCUUCCCCAACGUUGAGAUCAUGUACAUCGACAUCAACAAUCUAGGACCACCUCACUCCACCAUUGGCAAGACGAAGCAGCGGAGGGUCAUGGUGCGUGUGAAGGACACUGCGUUGCCACGAAUCAUAAUCCAUCAGACUCGGUUCGCCGCCUGGAAGAAGGAUGCCGGCAAGGAUAUCAAGUUGGCCAAGAUUGAAUUCGUGGCCGUUUACGGACACAAGGAGCCCGGAGUUGAUAGACAAGAUGGAGACCAGUACCCGCUGGCCCUAAGGGAGGGACGCCGACACAAGCUUGCUGACGACGUCUUUAUUGUCCGCUAG